GCCAGCACGAGUGUCUUGGAGGAUGCAUGCAGGACGGCCUUCGGGGUGUCUGGAGGGGACAGCAGGAGCAAGCGCGAGGGCAAAGGCUCUGGGCAGCGCAUGCCAGGAUCAAAGCGAGCCAGCUGAAGCGGGAGAGCAGAUAUGCGGGCUGAAUGGCGUCGGUCGACCGCCCGGCCGAACGCCGCCGCGAUGAACUUGGCUGACGAGACAUUGUGGGGCGAUAUCGUCGUUCUGCAGUCGGUGCAUCGCAUUCGGGAAUCGCCGUGCCGGUGCAAGCCUUGGACAUGAUUGCCGAUUCUCCGCGUGUGUGUCGCGGGCAGCGUCUCGACAAGUCCAUCUGCGCAUGUCCAGCCCUCGUCAGCCAUUUGCUCUCCCUUCAUCGUCACGAACAGCGAACGAACCAGCCAGCCAGCGAACCAACCAGCCCCGACAACCAUGAACCUGCCGGCGCCAUCUGCACGGCACAGGCCGCCGACGGGCAUAGGCUCGCUCGUGCCCGAUACCGUCGUCAGCAGCUUCUAUGGCGUGGUCGUUUCUCUCUCCGAAAUCCGCAAGUCCAAGGGAACCGACUGCGUUAUGAGCGUCAUCCUCAGCGACCCAUCGUAUCCGCAAGGCAUGGCCGUCAAUAUCUUCCGGCCGACCCCAGAGAUGUUUCCCGUCGUUGCAAAGGAAGACAUUCUGAAAUGCCACCAUAUCCGUAUAUCUAGAUACAGCGGCAGGUUGCAAGGUGUGUCGACCCGAGGCUCGCAGUUCGUCGUCGUCGAUACACUCGAUUCGAGGCGCCCUCCACCAACCCGUCCAUCCCUGAGCGAAGCCGAUAUUGCGAUCUCGACCGAGCUGAGGCACUGGCGCACCAGCACCAUCUACCAGCCGAGCGCUUCGAAAUCCGGGGUAGGACGCCGAUGCUGGGCACGCCGGACAGGCCGGGCAAACGGGGCAGGUUGCCAGGAGUAUUGUGACAUGUUUGUCCAGAUCGUCCACAAAUGCGAAGGCGGAAGUGGCGAGCGACUUGUUCUACUCGUCACGGAUUAUACAGCCAACCCUCGUUGCUUCGCCGCAAGAUACAAUCCCGGUGCAGACGACCCCGUCCUCCCAAGUGACAUGCUCAUCAACCUGACGCUCUGGGACAACCAUGCGGUAUUCGGCAGCCAGUUCAAGCAAAACGACUACGUCUGGUUUCAAAAUGUGCACGUUCGCAAGCGAUCAGACGGUCUCGUCGAACUGUCGAUCCACGGCGAUGCCCACAAAAAAUGCGGUGCCAUAGUGAGCGCCGACGACCAGCGCAUUGAUGGCUUGAUCAGACGCGAGCUCAAGUUUAAGCUCAAGAACCAGCCGAUCUCAGAUGUUACCCCAAUCGGCCAGCAAUGGCCCACCCGAAAGACCCUUCGCGAGCUUUCCCAAGAGCGAGAGGGAUACUUUGUCUGCAAAGUCAAAGUCCUGGACUAUCGUCCCGUGAACCUGAGGGAUUUUACAUGCCAACUGUGUCCAGAUUGCAACGCAAGAGGGCAGCCUGGAAUGCAGCUUGAACAGUGUCCCUCGUGUGGCAGCAUCGCCAUCCGCAACAGCUACGUGUACAUGUUCUCGCUCCUGGUGACGGACGAUACCCAUAUUCUCCCGGUGGGCGUCUCGCACGAUGACGGGCGCCAUUUGCUCGGCGUACCACCCUCAGAUCUCCAUGCCGACGAACAUGCGCUGAAGCAACUAAAGAACAGCCUUGGCCGAGUGUGGAAUACCGAAACUGAUUCGUCGAUCGCUCGGCCGAUAGAGUCGACGACGCUCGACAUUGGAAUCUAUGUCGCCCAGCUCGAGAACAGCGUGACAGCCUACAAACUGUGCGGAACCGAGUUAGUCCACCUGGGGGUGCUUGACGGCCUAGAGGACGGCGCGACGGCACUUUCGACGGAAACGACCGUGGCUGCACCUCGACCCGCGGGCGCCAUCCGAUUUGGAUGAAGCACAUGGAAUCCAAUGCCGUCCGAAAUACAUACCACUGCGGCAAGUGCCACUCGA